GAGAGACACAUGCUUAAUCUCUCCGGCGCCCCACGUUCCACGUAUCCUCACCCCGCACACUCUCGAAGAACUUGCGUUAUAACAACUCUAAGUAUCCCUCCCCCCGGAACGUUCUGCAGGAGCUCCGUAUGAUCCAAGUGUCAUCCGUUACUGGCCAGACUACUCCCGUCAUGUCGUCGUCCAACCCUGCGCCCAACGUGCUUACGCAGAUUCCCUUGGACGAGGACGCCCGUCCCGGCUACAGUGAUGCCGAGUUGCGCGACUACUUUGAGUGCAUCAAGCUCCCACAAAAGUAUCUGAACUCGAUUGUGCUGAAAGACAGGACCCAGGCCGGAACCAAAGAACAUGGGCUGCCCUUGUUACGGGCCCUGACACGGCACCACACAUGCAAUGUCCCUUUCGAUAAUCUCGUAUUACACUAUUCCACACACAAGAUCGUCACGCUUGACCUGGCGGAGCUCUACACGAAGAUAGUUCGCCGGCGGCUCGGCGGGCGAUGUAUGGAAAACAACAGCUUUUUUGGGACCGUCCUUCGCUCGCUCGGCUAUGAAGUGCGCAACUGUGGAGGCCGCGUAGCGCGGGCAAUGAGUCCCUACCCAGACGUCCGACGCAAUCAGAGCAUGACCUAUGACGGGUGGAACCACAUGCUCAAUCUUGUGCGACUAGACGACGAGUGGUACGUCGUGGACGUGGGGAUGGGCUCCAUGGGCCCCAACCUCCCAUUUCCGCUGCGUGACGGAUUUGAGACGACCAGCGUCCCUCCACGUUUGAUUCGCCUGCAGUUACGGUCGAUACCCGAGUCGUACGCGACCAAAUCCGCUAACGGGACAGGGUCCCCGAAGAUGUGGUGCUUCGACAUCUGCUAUAACCCAGUUGAUGACGCCACAAAAGAGUGGCUGCCGGUCUAUUGCUUCACGGAGACAGAGUUCCUGCCCCAGGAUUACGAAGUCAUGUCCUGGUUCACGUCGACAAACCCGAGAUCGUUCUUCACCAGAUACGUCACCUGCACGAAAAUGCUCAUGGAUGAGGACAAGGAGAUGAUUGUGGGCAAUGUUACCUUAUUCAAGGACACCGUGAGAAAAACCAUUGGCACCAAUCGCAUGGUAAUCAAAGAGUGUAAGACGGAAGAUGAGCGUUUGCAGGCGCUGGCUGAAAUCUUCAACGUGCAUCUGACAGACGAGGAGAAGAGGGGGAUUCCACACGAUCGGAUAUUAGCAUAAACGCUAAGAUGAGAUGAACCAAGUGACAUGAUCAUGAUGUCAGCCAUCCUAUCCCAUUGCAAUUUACACAAUUUGGCCGUUCGUCUAGACAUGU